AUGCACAUCGCUUUUUAUGAGCUGGUGCUAGGCCUUUUCGUGAAGGUAGCGUUAUGUCGAGAAUACUGGCCAUCUCUGUCAGCUGGGGCUCAGUUGGCGCUACGAUCGCAGCGAGACCUUGGUGUGAAUGUUAGUAUUGACCAGCUUUACAGUGUGGGUGUUAAUGUGGAUAAAGUCAUAGGUGGGGACAAGUCAGUCAAUGAAACUCAGUCACUGAUGACUUUGAAUAACCUGCUAAAGGUGGGCGUGCAGUCUUAUGUGGUUGAUUUAAACGUGAGUGAUCCACAGAACUUUAUGCUUCCAUCCUCUAAUAUCAGCUUUUCUACUUUCCUUACAGCGAUACGACAAUAUGUGUCAUCCAGUAACAACUAUUUGAAUGCCAAUAUACUAAUAUUGUUGCUGCGACCGAAUUUCGACACUGCAUCAGGAUCGGCGAAUUCGUCUUUCUCUUCAUCGCCAUCUCAGUCGUCUCCACUGCUUUCAAACAUGACAGCUCAGCUCGAAACGAGCUUGGGACUCUCAGCUAUCUACACGCCAUCUCAACUCCUUUCAGAUCGUGCGCAGGGCAUAACUGUGGGUUUCACAGGAGACUACAGCAAAGUCGGCUGGCCGCCUUUGGAGUAUUUUCUGUAUAAGAUCCAGAAGAGGGUGUUGGUAGCCUACGUUGAUUCCAACGUCUUAGAUGUACUGCCGAGUGACUACGUCUUUGACGGAAAAUCGCUGAAUUUCCAAACAUCAAAUAUCACCAAUUCGUGCCCUUCGUCUAAUACUUCAGAGCUUGCGAAAGUGGUGGAAAAUGGCUGGAGGUUUUUAGAAAGCCAAUUUCUGCCAAGUGACAUCCGGGAGUAUGUGAUGUGCGGUUAUUCUCCGAUUAUAAGCAACCACUAUACCCCACAAAACAUUUCAGACAUAGCAGAUCUUUUGGAAACUUCUUUGCCGUGGUCAUGGGCUCACAAAGAACCCAACAGCUAUGAUACGUCUCGCAGUAAUUCUACGUCAUUGGUUGCCCGAAGAUGUGCCGUUGUCCAUUAUGUUGCGGCGAAUUCUACCAGUUACUGGGCUGUCGCCAACUGCUAUGACAAAAGACGCACAGUAUGCCGGCAUGAGAAGAAUAACCUGGACUGGAGGAUCUCCAAGUCAAACCUCAACUAUUUCUCGACGCACGACCAGGACGACAACGAUGUUUGUCCUGAAAAUUAUACAGUGGGCCUCCCCAAAAGUCCACUCGAAGAGACUGCUUUGAAUUCUUACUUAAGUGAGGUCGGUUCCGAGGGCCUCGAUGCAUGGAUAGACAUGAAUUCAAUUUCCGUGCCGGACUGCUGGGUCGCAGGGGGUUCGUAUGCUUCGUGUCCAUACCAGAAGGAGGUCAGUUCUCGGAGUUUUGUGGGGUUUAUCACACCUGUAAGCAUCUUUACAGCGAUCACGCUUGCUCUCCUGUUCUUUCUCACCUGGCGUAAAGUACCAAUCCAAGACAACAGGAAACACUGGAAGAAAAUCGUAAGCACGCACUCAACUUUACAAAAGGAAGGAGUUCCUUCAUAG